AAAGUGUGGGAGGAAGGCUGCCUGGAGGAGCUGUCCAAGGGCGAGAGAGAGGCUGUCUGGGGGAGCUGUCCCUAGGAGGCUGAGGACUGGAGAAGGAGGCAUGAAGGAGGGAGGUGACAUUUCUGACAGUGACAGUGAUGAGACAGUAGUGGAGGGCUCAGUAACUGAGAGUGACCUAGACGAAGAGGAGCUGCACAUGAAGAGGUUAUCUUUUGUUAAUAAGGACAUAUCUCUAACAACUGAAACCAUCUUUGCUGAUGAAAUAAGAAGAGUAAAUGGAGUUUUAGAAAACCUCUCUCCAGAGAUUCAGCUUGUCUGUAAAUUGAGUGAUAAUCUAGAAAAUAUGAAGCAAAAGAACCAGAUAAAUCCGCUGCCUCAUAAGAGAAGUGAAACUGAACAAUCUCAGUCUCUGCUACAGGGUGCAGUAUUUACUACAAAGAUUUCUCAGCCUGGUCUUCCGCUAAAUGCCUCAGUAGGUAGAGAGCAAAAUUACACUGUAGGUUUAGAUGAUGACAUGCCUGGAUUUCUGAAAACAGAGAGAAAGAUUUCACAUCGAUUAACUGAUAAAGACGACUCUCCCGAAAGAAGCCUACUGUCAAGUGCAGUUGUAAAAGAAACAUUAAUGGCUCCAAAGGAAUGGACAUCAGAGAAUGUAUUUCCAGGUGUUUUAAAAGAUUGUCAGAGUGCCACUAUGACCAUUACUGAGUUAGAUACUAGAGUAAAAGAUAAUUCUCUUGAGAAGUUUACACCUGACUUUAUUUUAUCAUCAACAUCAGAGAAGAUUUCCAGGGAAACAUUAACUGAACAAAGUAUAAUGGCUGAUGAAUUUGAAAUUAGAGAUUUGCUGAAACCACUCAGUGAUUCAGAGAGUCCAGAAAUGAUAAACCCCUUGCAAGACACAUUACAGUGUCAAGGGGAUGCUCUAUCUGUAGAUAUAUCAGUAGAUGAGAACAGCAAUGUCCUGCCACUAGAGCUUCUGACAGCACUGAACUCCUUUUCAGAAUCUGUAGUACAGCCUCUCCGUCAAUUAGUAGGGAAGGAAAGAGAGGUUAAUGCUAAAGAAGAACAUUUGAGAUCAGAACCCAGUAUUUUCCAGAUAGAUGACUGCACUCAAAUAACAAUUAACAAUUUUGAACCUCAAUUUUCUGUGAAGCAAUUGGAAGAAAUAAAAGCAUUAACAGAGGCUGCAUUUCAGGGUACUUUAGAUGAACAACUUGUAGGUAACCAGAAGAACCAAGACUUGAUAAUUUCUGAUUACUGCAAUGUCGCCUCUUAUGACAAACAAGCUGGUGAAGGAAAUUCAAGUUCAAUAGAGAAUAUCUCGGAUGUAGAAGCUACCAAAGCAACUUCAUAUACAUUAAGGAAGUCAACUCGAAUAAGAGAAAACUGCACUAGAAAGCACAUACAUGAAGUUUCCAGUUGUUAUAAAAUGCUAGAAGAAACUCAGCAGAGAAUAUAUAGUAAUGAUGAAGAAACAGGAAAUAAACUUUCAUCUAAAGAUUUUGGUAGAACACAAGACUCUGCUUGUAAGGACAGCAAAGAACAGUGUUCAGAGCCGGAAGCCAGUACAUACCAAGCAUCAACUAUGAAUGUAAACAGCAAGGUUGAGCAGAUGAGGAAAAGCCAAAGGCUUGCAAAGAAAAUUACAAAACAAACCUCUGUUAAAAAUUUUUCAAAUACUGCACCUGUUGCCUCCAUUCCUCUUUCAAAAAUCUGUAGGAAAAAUCUUUUUGGUGAGACCUUACUGCAUAAAGCUGUUGCUGAAGAUGAUACAGACCUUGUACGCAAAAUUAUAAAAGUUGGUGCAAAUGUAAAUACUCAGGAUUAUGCUGGUUGGACUCCACUACAUGAAGCCAGUGUGGAAGGUUUUUAUAAGACAGCAAAUGAGCUUUUGAAAGCAGGAGCUGAUGUUAACUGUAAAGGAAGUAAACAAGUAACACCAAUACAGGAUGCAGUUAAAGAGGGCCAUUAUGAGGUGGCAGAGUUACUGCUUUGGUAUGGAGCUGAUCCGUUAUUCAAAAAUGAGAAGGGGAGGUGCGCCUUUGAUGAAGCUACUGACCAGCGUAUGAAGAAGCUGCUUGAAAGUUAUAUAACUAAGUCUAGAAGAGGUUCAACAUCAGCUAAAAAGGAUGUAGAGAGUACAUUAAAUGCUCAAAGCAUAAAUGACACAAACCAGCAUCAGUUGGAAGUACAUUCAGAUAGCCCAGUUCACAAUUCAGAUGUUGGUAAUAAUAAUACAUCAAAGCAAGGGUUUAUCAACUUUGAACAAAGUAGCAAAGAGAAUUCAAUAAGAAACUCCAAAGGUUCCAUCUCCAGAGUAUUUGAGGAUCAUAGAUUGUUGAAUGAAAAAAACUCAAAAGAUAGAAGACUGGUUCCAACACAGACAAAGAAAUCAGCAGGGACUGUAGAAAAGAUUGUAUCCAUCAAGAAUAUCAGUGAGUACAGGACAAUUGUAUUUCCUUCAGAUACAUCUAGAGACAAAACAAGAAGCAGAAGCCACAAAACAUAUGAUCCUCAUGUUGGACAUAAUAACACUGGGUUCACUGUUAAUACCUCUUCCUCAAAAAGAAUAACUAGGUCCUCUGUACAUCGUAAUGAUAGUUCAGAUAACAUUUGUGAAGUAGGGGGAAAGCCCAGCAUACCCAAACAGACAGAAAUGCAAAAGGAAUAUGACUUCUGUAAUAGUGAUACUCCAGUUUCAGAAGAAAGGGAGAAGACUUGUGGAAGCAACAACAAACCUUCAAUAAUAAUGACAGACCAGGUAAUUAGUUUACCAUGCACUGAAUCCUCAAUUCCUCUAGUAAAAGCAUCUACAGAGCAGUCUGAGAAUGUUGAGUUAACGGAACUUGAUUCUCACUCAGUACUUUCUUUGUGUGAAGAAAUUAGUGUUCCUCUUGUGACUGCAGAGCAAUGUUUUAUGAAUCAGGAUAAUGAAUGCCAUUAUCUUAACCACAAUAAAGAUGGUAGCAUGGGUGACAAGAAUCUGAAUACAGCUAAGAGAAAAAGUAGUAUCCACUUCGUUGAAGAAAACAUGAUUUACACUGAGAAUAAUAGACCGUCAGACCAGUUUCUUUAUUCUGAAAACUUCAGAGAUCAAAUUAACUUUGAUAUUGAUAGAGACAGAAUUAAUGAUGAGGAACAAAGUUUAAAACACUCCUUACCUCUUUUUGAAGAUAUUUCUUUACAGGGAAACUGGCUAGAAUCAGGAAGCGUAACUACAUUUUCACCAAAGGGAACUGUAAACCUCACUGAUUCAGACUCUACAGUCCUAUCUGAACAGUAUAUUGAAAAUGAGAAUCAAAACAUUUAUAAAAAUAUCUCUAAAGAUGUAGAUAAGUGUACUGUACAAACACUUCAGACAAGUACAGAAAUACUUUCAUUGCAUGAAUUUUCAGCAGCUGUUAAUAGAGCUAGUGAUUCUGAAAGUCCUGAGAAUUUUAGCAUCAGUGUGCUAAUGCCUUUUGCUCAUCAAACGGAUGACGGAAUGAGGAUGAUGCUAAGUGCAGAAGAAAGCACUGGAAGAUGUUGCACUGAGAAAAUUGAAGAUGAAAUGAAUUCAGAGAUUAACACAUCUACAGCUUUACAGCUACAUGAAAAAGAAGCAUUUCGAGUGAAAAGAAAGAGGCAGGACCUUCAGGAAAUCAUCUUAGACACAGAUUUGUAUUCCACUAGUUGUAUGAACAAGAAUUCACUUCAUCCAUCUCAGCUGACCCAAGAAACAGAGCAGGAAACUUCCCAAAAAUCAGAUGAUGGAAUGACUGCUGAGAGAAGUGGAGAGCAAAGCACUGGAAGAUGUUGCACUGAGAAAAAUGAAGCAGAAGGAACUGCAAAGAACAAUACUCCUAUAAUGUUACAAUUACUUGAAACAGAAACAAUCCAAACUGAAAGAAUAAGACAAGACCUUCAGGAGACCAGCCAAAAUACAGAUUUAUGUGCCAAUAACAGUAAUUCAUCUAAUCUAUCACAAUUCAGUCAAGCAGCAGAACAGGAAAUGCCUGAGAAAUCAGAAUCUUCACUAUCAAGCAAAGAAGAGGUAGCAGCUGUAUCUGCUCAGUCUACCUAUAUUAUAAGAGCUGGGAUAAAAAAAAGAAAUGCCAAAGGGGAAAGUCGCCUGCACCUGGCUGCUAAAAAAGGAGAUUUAUCUUUAGUGAAAACUCUUAUAGCAUCUGGACUAUGUGUAAAUCUAAAGGAUAAUGCAGGCUGGACAGCAAUUCAUGAAGCUUCCAACAGGGGAUUUACAGAGGUGAUCUUAGAGUUACUAAAAGCUGGUGCUGAUGUUAAUAGCAAAAGCCUGGAUGGGACUUUACCAAUACAUGAUGCAGUUUCUGGCAAUUAUUUCAAGGCAGUCAAUAUUCUAUUACAUCAUGGAGCAAACCCUAAUGAGAAGGACAAGUAUGGGAAAAAUGCUUUGGAUGAAGCAUGCAAUGAUAAAAUGAAGGAAUUGCUUAAGUCUUAUGGUGCUACUGAGAGUGAAGUUGCUUAUGAAACAACGGAGGUUACUGAUAUAGGUCCUUCUAGGUCAAGAAGACCAACUCAUACUUGUUAUGAUUGCUGUAAAAAGGCUGAUGUUCCAUUGGUUUUGCACCAUGAUAUGACCAGAGAAAAAUGUGGCACACAUGAGUCCAUCAUUGCCACAUUACAAGAUAUAGAAAAGAAGCAGGAAAAACUGUCGCUGUUUGAAGUAAGAAACCCAAAAGAUGAAGGACUGUAUAUUCAUGGCCUAUCACAGAUACAAGACACUUUGAAUGAAGUGCUUGCCAAACAGAAAGCAGAAAGGGAUGUCCUAGCUAAAAAAUACAGGGCUUCAGUGGAGUCUUUUAAACAAGGAGCAUUGAGGGAACAACUAGUUAAACUUGCUUCUAGGCAAAAGAGUCUUUUGGUUGUGGCACAAAAACAGAAAGAACUAGGCCAGAAAAUAAAAAACUAUAGGAAAGCAAAGCAAGUGUAUUCUAGAUGUUCAAAGAAACAAAUCCCAAACUCAAUUAUUUCUCAUGAAAAGGACAACAGAGAUGAUCUGACUGUUGAUGAAAUAGUGCAUCGUGAUGUAGUUACAGUAAGUAUAGAUCCUGGUGCCAAAUUGACUAAUGGAAACCUAGUGGAAACACUUCUUCCUGUAGAAGGUAAAUUUUCAGAUCAAGAGUACAGCCAACAUCCAAACAGCUGCUUAGAUGAGACAGGAGCAAAUGAAGAGGCAAGUACAAGCAAAGAAGUUUCUUCCCAUGCUUUGACAUAUGAAAACAAGGUCAGAGAAUAUACCUGUGAUAAGACAUCAAAAUCCACAGAUACUAUAGAAAUGGGAACUUCGCCGUCAGAACCUGUUAUUUGCAUUACUCCAACAAAGUGCUCACAGCAAGAAAAAAAUAAUUAUAUAGCGAUUGCAAAACAAGGAAGCAAGUCUCCAAAUCCCAGGCCAGUAACCAGCAUGUUAAAUAUUUCAGAAGCCGAAAGCUUUGUUAUCAAUAAUAAUAUCCAUCAGCCAAUCGCUGAAUGUCAACAGGUUCUUGCUGGUAAGACUCUGCAAAGAUGUGGACAUAGGAAUAAAGCUUCCCAGACGCAACCAAUAGUGGUGUCAGAAUCUGCAGAAAUCUCUCCUAUUACUCUUCAACAAAAUAUCUUCGAAAAUAAUCGGACCUCAUGUAAUGUUACAGGUCUGGUCUCAUAUGUACCUUAUCCAGUACACAUCAGUCAAAAUUCUUCUUCACAGUACUCUGAUAAUCAGGAUAGUGAACAACAGCAAUUGAACCGUAGAGGAAAUAGAAGGAAAAAAAAUCAACUGAAAGAUCUGCUUGAAUUAGGAAAAAUUAAGCCAGGAGAAAAUGUUCUAGAAUUCAAACUGCAGGACUUCAGCCAUAAAGUCACUCUUUUGGGAGAUGGUAAAAUCAGAACGAGCGACAACAGAACUUAUGGGAAUCCAGUUCAGUGGGUUAAGGCACUAUUGGGAAAUCACAUUUCUGUGAGCUGGAAGUAUGUGUGGAAUAAGGUCACAUACCUUGGAACAGAGCUGUCAAAAAUUCUUCUUGAAGAAGCAUGUAUUCCCAAUGAACCAGAAUUACCAGUACAACAAAAACAGCCUUCUGAAUCGUCCCUCCAGUCUGACUCCUUAAAAAACUCCAGAAGCUUUCUUCAGUUAAAUGAGAUAGUAUUAAUAAAUAAUGAGGAACUUCUGCCAUGUCAUAUAAUGGAUCAGCAUUGGAAGUUCUAUGUGGAAUGUGAGAAUUUUGGAUUUUAAGAACGCUUCUGAUUUAUAACAGUUUUUCUUCAUCAUCAGUUAAGAAUAAAACUGACUUUUUAGAAUUAAAUUGCCUUGUUCUAGCAUUUAAAUAGCUUCUUUAGCCUGGUAAUAUGAAUGUAAAUCAGAUAUACUAAAAUAUUACCCGGUAUCUGGAUUUAAUACAGGAAACUUAAUUUGCAGCAGCUGAAGAUAAUUGUCAAUGCUGAACUCAUGUUUUGUUUUACUAUUGAGACAAGGGAGUGUAGAGGCAAACAAAGUCCUUUCAUAAAUUUGGCACUCACCUCCGGUCAUACUCAGUCCCAGCAUAGGUGGGUGCAACUCCAUUGACUUCAGUGGCAUUGUACCUACUUAUACAAGGGUUGAAUAUGUCCUCACUUGUCCAGAUAAAAGCAGCACUGCCAGUCAAUUUGCAACUAACGUUACAGGCAGUCUGCUUGAGCACAUGCCACCCUAAAUGACUGUAAAGGUCCAUGUAUCAAUAUAAGCAAUUCUGUUAAAUAGAAAUUAAGAUAAGCAGCUUUUAAAAUAGCUGAUUGCUUUACAUGACCUAGAAAUAUAUAAACAUUUCUAGAAGGUGGGGGAAGGGGAUUGGAGCAAGGUGGCUAAAAGCAAAAUUUUAUCCAUUUGAAGUUCUCAAAUGUGGGGUUUCUCUGAUUAUCAGAUGUAUUCAAUCUGAAAUGACAAAGGAAGCACUAGUGCACGGCAGAAAGUGAAACGAGGUCAUUUACUGGUAAAAUGUAUUUAUUUUUUAAAUCUAACAGCAGCUUCAAAAUUUGCCCCAGCUGCCUGAGGGUUUGUAUUUGUUUAAAUUUUAAAAUGUCUGAGUCUUCCCCAUUUAUACAACAUUUGACUACUAUCACGAGAGUCAUCUGCAUUCAAAUUGCAGUCUUGCUUUUUCACUCCCUGGAUUACAAGAAAUAGAAAAGAUGCAAAGGUAACACCCAAUACUCUUAACUCCAGAGAAUGGGACAGAGUGAGAGACCCAUGCCAAAACAUGGCAGCCUGUAAUAGUUAUUGGGGUGUGAAUUACUGUCUUGAAGGGAAGUUGAAUACUGCCUUAGGUAAAAGGAGACUAUCAGGGCAUGAACUUGAUACAGGGGAAGAAGAGGGAUGCUUCUAAUGGGAAGUGUGUUAAUACUGUGCCCUGUCAUGCAUUAGUAGUCAUUGAUUGAUAAGGCCUUAAAAAUUGAAAAAAUACGAACUGUCAUGAAGCCAAAAAGGUAAAGGCUUUUGAGUGAUAAGUAUUCAAUAAAAGUCAGUUUCCACAUAGAAAAGAGAGAAACCAUUUUUCUGAGUUGCUACAGUGGAAGAAUAGAAAGCAAAAUCAGUUUAAAGUAAAUGGCUAUUCAAAUAUUGUUCAUGUCUUGUUUGGAGAAGGCUACCAUCUUAUUUAAAAAAAUAACCUUUGACAAUCAGACCUACUGUAUUGCUUGUAAGUUUAUUUUGAAUGUUUUCUU